AACGGAUACAAUUAAUUACUCUCUUCGUCUUUGCCUUGGCUGUAAUAAUAAUUAGCUUAAUAGGAUAAAAGUGCAUUAAAACAUUUGAUGUUCGCGCUUUAAGUAGUUAACAACUUUGAAGUAGUUAAUUUCCUCGAAAAAAAAGAAAAUGUGACCAUGGGUUUUGCAGCAAUCCAAAAGAACAAAACGUACAUCGUUCUUAGCACUAUACUGCUAACGUUGACCUAUUUUAUAUUUUCCGCACCGCGUGCUGUAAAACAAUCUACUCUAUUGAUUGGUAAUCUGGAAAUCCGACCGCCUCCUUUAGACCCGGCGAAAAUUGGCGAAUGGUGGAUGCUGAGAAAUCCAUCAAAUGGAACGCAAAAACUUUCAAAAUUAGGCGAAGUUCUGUUUCUGAGCCAACCAGAACUACCUCAAGACACUGACAAGCAAUACAAAAUUUUGGUUUGGAAAUACGGCCCUACCAUUGAAAGGCGUCACCUGAAACACUUUUCCGAAUCAAGAAUAGAUCCUUUCAGUUAUUGUCCAGUGAAAAACUGCGAAAUAACCUACGAAGACCAAGACAUCAAAACAGCAGAUAUUGUAAUUAUUCACUUGCAUCGUAUAAAAGGAGUACACGAUUUGCCUAAUAAUACUUACCCGAGAGAUCCUAAUCAAAUUUGGACCUUUCUUACAGACGAAAGUCCUUUUAACACCUUUAUGAGCUCCAACGAUCCACUAUAUAAAUAUAAUGGACUGUUUAAUUGGUCCAUGACUUACAGAAUGGACAGUGAUAUUCCAGUACCGUACGGUCGUACUGUUUUAAAAAAGCCCCCUGAAGAAGAUGCUGGCUUAGUGGAGCUACUUUUAAACAAAAAACGCGACGUUUUAGUUGCAGUUUUAGGUUCAAAUUGUGGCGGCCAAAACCACCGAUGGCAAUUCAUUUAUGCUUUGCAAAAAUACAUACAAGUGGACAUUUAUGGGGGUUGCGGCACUGAACUCAAACACGAAUGUCCUGGACAUUUUGGACAAGAUUGUCCUGAAAUAGGAGACUACUUGUUCUACCUUUCGUUUGAAAAUUCCAACUGCGACGAGUACAUAACAGAAAAACUAUGGUGGAAUGCGUUCCAUAAAAACUCAAUUCCAAUAGUGAUGGGUUCAAGCAAGGAAACCUACAAAAAACUUUUGCCAAUCGACUCUUACAUCAACGUAGACGAUUUUGCUAAUCCGCAAGCUCUGGCACAAUACGUACAGCGUCUCAAUGAUACUGGCGAAUUCAAAACGUACUACAGUUGGAAGAAUAAUUUCGAAAUAUUCAACGAGCACGGGUACUUUAAAAGUACCUCGUUUCAUUAUUGUCGCAUUUGUCAGGCGAUGAAUUAUAACGAUCGAGAGAUGAAGGUGUACAACGAUUUAGAGAAUUAUUGGAGUGUGAAACGGGAUUGUCAUCAUGCCUGGGACGAUUGGAAAGAGGAUAAUCGAUGAGGAUGAUUCAAUAAUACUGUGAUUUUGUUUGUUUUAUGUGAUAUUUGUUAAUAGUUUUUAUUAUUGUUUAAUAAAUGUUCCCUUUAUUACU